UUUCCCUCUCUUUAUUCCCGUUCUGCAAAUUAAUUUCUCAAUCUGCUUCGUAUUAGGUUUGGAUGAUUUGGUCGCUCUGAGAUUUUCCGUAAAUCUAUGCCCUCUGUUUGAUCGCUGAGAAAGCGUGCCAAACGAAAUUCUAUUUUCAUUUCGGAUUUUGGGUUUUUUGUUUUUUGGUACCUGGGGAGGACCAAAAACGUCAUUGGAGUUGAGUUUACUUGAAUGAAUGUUUGGCCUAGUCGAGGCGUGUUCUUCAUUUCUGAGAAACCAAAACGAAAUAGAGAACGAAGGGAGGAUCUGAUGGGGAUUGAAGUUCGUGGUUGAUUUCUGGAAUUAUUGUGGGGAACGGAGAAGGAAGAACCCGAGUAGAUCGGAUGGAAAAGAAUAAGAACCGGACCGAUCUACUCGCAGCCGGGCGAAAAAAGUUACAGCAAUUUCGCCAAAAGAAGGAUGGUAAAGGCAGUAGCAGUCAGGCAAAAUCCUCAAAUAAGUCUGGUAAAUCUAGGCAGCAUGAGGCUGAUGCUAAUACAGUGCCUGCUACUGUUAAUCCAAAGGCGUCACAGCAAGUUUCUGAUGGGGAAAUCGGAUUGCAGCAUCUUGAUUCUGAUGUGGAGUUUAUUGAUUCAUCAGUGUCGCAUUCUAUAGAGAACUCAAUGGCCCCUGAUAUUGAUGCGGAAGCCAUUGAUCCACCUUCAAUGCCCCUUUCACCCAAGAUGGGCAAAGUUGAAAAGUUUUCGACUGAUUAUACUGAGUUGCCACUGGAGGGUUCAGGGGUUGGUGAAAAUGAUGUUGAUUCCUCUGUUUCAAACAAAGGGGAAAGUAUCCCAAUAGCUAAUCCUGAAGUGGCUAUAGUUGGGUCUUUGGGAGAUUCUGAAAUGGCAGUUUCUGGAGGAGAAUCUAUACAUGCCAAUAUGCGAGAACCUGUUGAUGUUUUGGCUCCACCAGCUUCAGUUGAUGAUGCUAGGGAACAGCUUCUGGAUACUGUUGGAACAUGGAGCCCAAGGUUGGAAGAGGAGAGAGAGUUAUUGUCUUCACAAGAAGAAUUUCCUGAUUUGUCCUUGAUACCAAGGCAAGAUCAGGUAACAGAUGUAGGGGCAAUGCAGGAAGCUGAGAGUCUGGGUUCGAAGCAGUUGGACAGAAGCAGUGAGAUAGAGAUUGAAGGAGGUGUAAAGCUUGCUUUGUCUGAGCUCAGGGGAAGUGUAGAAACUCUUGCAAGGGAAGCCUCAGAAGUAACUGUUAUGGAAGAAGCAACCCAUGAAGAAGAGCAAAGUGGUGAUGCAGAUGAUGUUUCUGCUUCUGCUGGUGCACCCGAUGAGGUUGAAGAUAAAGAAAUUCACAGGAGAGAUAAGGUUCCUGUUUCUGGUCAGGCUAUCCCUGAAGUUGAUGAUUCUCUGACUAUUAGUUCUGAAGUGACAAAUCAGCAGAGAGCAGAUGUAGAUGUCAGCUCAUCAAAUGAAGAAGAAAUGGAAAUGCUAUCCAGGUCUGGUGAUACGGGAAGUAACUGGAAAGAAAGAGCUCAACCAGGUGCAAAAGGUAGAAAGAGUGAUGAGGUAUAUCAACAGGAAGGUUUACCUGAAGGGUCUUUUGUAUCAGAGGACAAAAGCCAUGAAAGGCCUCUUGAAACCAAAAUAUUGAGUUUACCCAGAGGAUGGACAGUAUUUCCUGAUGCAGAUAUAAGCUCAGUUAGCCUCUCACAGCUUGCAGAGUUGGUAAAGGCACUCAAUGAGGAUGAAUUCAGGUUUCUGCUCAAAUCAAGAGAUUCUGCAUCUAAUGCACAAGUAGGGAAUAUUGAUAGCUUGACUGUACCAGAAUCCGGCUUGUCAGAUGUUUUGGUGAGACUUAAAGAACAACUGUAUCUUACAGAUUUUGCAAAAGAACUGCACCUUUGUGAACAAACUGAGAUGCAAAUGGACUUCUGUCAACGUAAUUAUCAGUUAGUUAAUGAAAUAUCCAUGCUCAAUGCUUCACUUAGUGAAGUUCGAGAGAGGAAUAAAAGUAUUUCCACAGAGCUUGAACAGCGUAGCUCUGAACUUCAGGUCAUUUUGCGUGAUAAGGAAGAGCUCCAAAACCAAUUAAAUACUACAACAAGAGAGAUUAAGGAAUUCUAUUCUCGAUUUGAUGAGUUGCAGAUUAAGCUGGAAAGGUCUCAGAUGGAGUUGUCAAGCCUGACAAUGGAGUUAGCUGAUUCCAAGGAUUUGGUUGCUGCUCUGGAGGUGGAAAAUAAAACCUUAAAUGGGAAUCUGGCUUCAGUGAUGGAGGGCAGGAAGAAAAUUGAGGAGGAAAAGGAGUUUUUUCUCUAUGAGAAUGAGAAAUUGCAUACUGACCUAGCUAGCUGCAAUGGUUUAUUGGCAAAUAUUCAGGUGGAAAAGGCGGACUUAGAAAGGAGUCUUGCUUCUGCAGCAGAGCAAAGCAAGAAGCUUGAGGAGGAAAGGGAGUAUUUUGUCCAUGAAAAUGAGAAACUUCUGGCAGAGUUAGGCGAGAGUAAAGCUUUGGUUGCAGCACUACAGGUGGAAAUUACUGAUUUAGAUGGAAGUUUAUCAUUAGCCAGAGAGGAGAGGAUGAAGCUUGAGGAGCAAAAGGAGUUUUCUGUCCAUGAGAAUGAGAAACUCUCAGCAGAAUUGGCUGACUGCAACUCUCUAAUUGCAGCUUUACAAGCUGAAAAUGCCAACUUGAAUACAAGUCGUGCACUGGAAAUGGAGGAGAGAAAGAAGCUUGAGGAGGACCAGGUGUCUUUAGCCCAUGAGAAUGAGAGACUUUCAGCUGAGCUUCUUGUUCAUCAGGAGCAAUUAUCUACUGAACAUGGCACAUGCAUGCAGCUUGAGCUUGACCUAAAAGAAGCAACCAUGCGCCUUGAACAACUCACUGAGGAAAAUAGCUUUCUCAACAACAAUCUGGAUAUACAUAAAGCUAAGAUAAGCGAGAUUGAUCACAGUCAAGUCCAACUAAUUUCUCUAGCUGCGGAUGCUGGGUAUCAGUGUGAAAGUUCUGGUAUACCAAUCAGGGCCCGUCAGCAUGCAUCUGAUGCUGCAGGUUCUCGCCAAAUUCCUGGCAAGCAAGAUCAUGAAGUUUUCUCUCUGUUGGAGAGACCCUUAUUUGGUGACCUUGGGGAAUUGCCAGAGCUUCAGCAGCAGAAAUGUGAUGUCUAUGACGAUUCCUUUGGGUUCAUGGUCUUGAAGAGACACUUGCAGGAGGUGGAGAGAAUAAUCCGGGAACUUGAAGGGGCUGUUGAAGAGAUGCACUCUCACUCAGUAUCCUUGAGUAGUUCAGGUGCAAAAUUUGCUGCUUCUGGGGUGUCAAAAUUGAUUCAGGCCUUUGAGUCAAAAGGUCAUCUUGAUGAUGAUGAGGUAGAAGAAAUACAUUCAACUGAAGAUCAAUCACCUGCAGAUUCGUAUAUAUUUGCAAAAGAACAAGGAGGAAUUCUGAAGGCAGUGCUUAAGGAGUUGAGCCUGGAUGUUGAGAAUGCUUGCGAACUCUUCAAGAGUGAGCGAGAUGGUAAAAAAAUUGCUAAUGACACAUGCAAGGAGCUGAACAUUCAAUAUGAAGCAUUGAAGGAACAUAGUAACAGUUUGGAAGCAAUGAACAUUGAGCUCGAGGUUCUCUGUGAAGCUAUGAAGCAACAUGGAUGUGAUGUUGAAGCCAGGAAGAGUGAGCUUGAGGUUCUGUAUGAAGCCUUGAAGCAACAAGACAUCAGCCUUAAAACUGAGAACACUGAGCUUGGUAAAAAGCUGACUGAAUAUCAAUCAAGAAUCAAUGAAUUGGAGGGUCAGUUGUAUGAUAUACAGCAGAGUUCAGAUGAGAUGGCUUCCACGAUGUAUAAUCAAGUAGAAAAUCUGCAGAAAGAAGUGACUGAGAAUGAAUUGAUGCUCAGGCAAGAAUGGAAUUCUACCAUUGCUCAGAUUGUUGAGGAAGUUGGGAAGCUUGAUGCAACUGCUGGGAGAUUCUUCACCUCUGCCAUCUCAUCUGGCCCUCAUGAUGGCUUCGGUAUUUGUGAUAUUGUUGCUAGUUCCAUUAAUGCUGCUACCAAAGUGAUUGAGGAUCUGCAGGAGAAACUUGAAGCUACUCUUGCAGACCAUGAAGCAAUCUGUAGUUCAUACAAGGAAGUGAAUGAGAAGUUCAAUGAAUUGCAUGGGAAGAAUGAAGUGGCUAUUGAUACAUUGCAUAAGAUUUAUGAUGACCUUAGUAAACUUGUAAAUGAUUCACAUGGAUAUGUGGAAGAAAGUGAAAUCAACGUACAAUAUAAAAAACUACUUGAUCCCAUCAAUCCCAGUAGCUAUGAGACCCUCAUAGAACAGCUAAGCAUUCUUUUGGUUGAGAGAUCGCAGCUUGAGUCAGUAAGCAACAGACUCAGUUCGGAGUUGAUGAGCAGAAUGAAAGAAAUAGAGGAACUGAACAAAAAAGGAGGUGAUUUGAAUGCCAUUCUUAAGUUGGUUGAAAAUAUUGAGGGUGUUGUCAAGCUGGAAGACAUGGAAAUUGACUCAGAUAUACCACCUGUUUCACGUCUGGAGAUUUUGGUCCCUAUUGUUGUUCAGAAAUGCAAGGAGGCUGAUGAGCAGGUGAGCUUUUCUCGAGAAGAGUUUGGAUCCAAGGUGAUUGAAGUGAGUGACUUGCAGGGUAAUGUAAAUGAGUUAAAUUUAUUGAAUCUUCAGCAGAAAAAUGAAAUCCUUGUUCUCAAGGAAAGCUUGAGAAAGGCAGAGGAGGCACUUGUUGCUGCUCGUUCUGAAUUGCAGGAGAAGGUAACUGAACUUGAGCAGUCUGAGCAGCGGGUAUCUUCUGUUAGAGAAAAGCUCAGUAUUGCUGUUGCCAAAGGUAAAGGUCUGAUUGUGCAGCGAGAGACUCUCAAGCAGUCCCUUGCAGAGAUGUCCAAUGAAUUAGAGAGAUGCUCACAGGAGUUACAGUCUAAAGAUGCCAGACUACAUGAGGUUGAAAUGAAACUGAAGACUUAUUCAGAGGCAGGUGAGCGUGUGGAAGCCCUGGAAUCUGAGCUUUCAUAUAUUCGCAACUCAGCAACUGCAUUGAGAGAGUCAUUCCUUCUGAAAGAUUCUGUACUUCAGAGAAUAGAAGAGAUCUUGGAAGACCUAGAGUUGCCAGAGCAUUUUCAUUCCAGAGAUAUAAUUGAAAAGAUUGAUUGGUUAGCAAGGUCAGUUACUGGGAACUCUUUGCCUAUGACUGAUUGGGAUCAGAAAAGUUCAGUGGGAGGGUCAUACUCUGAUGCUGGUUUUGUGGUUAUGGAUGCCUGGAAAGAUGAUGUGCAGGCAAGCUCAAAUCCAAGUGAUGAUUUGAAAAGAAAAUAUGAGGAGCUUCAAGGUAAAUUUUAUGGUUUGGCUGAACAAAACGAAAUGCUGGAACAAUCCUUAAUGGAAAGGAACAACAUAAUACAGAGAUGGGAAGAGGUUUUGGACAAGAUCAGUAUUCCUUCACUGUUGCGGUCCAUGGAGCCAGAAGAUAGGAUUGAAUGGUUGGGAAGUGCACUUUCAGAGGCUCAUCAUGAUAGGGAUUCUCUCCAGCAGAAGAUUGACAACCUCGAAACCUAUUGUGGAUCGCUAACGUCUGAUCUGGAAGCGUUGCAGAGAAGGAAAUCUGAGCUUGAAGCAGCUCUCCAAGCGGCCAUCCAUGAGAAAGAGAAUCUUUUUGAUAGGUUGGAGACUCUGACCUGUGAGCAUGAAAAAGUUUCAGAGAAUGCAGUCAAAUUUAAACUUGAGAAUGAUAAGCUGCAGAAUGAAGCAACUGAUCUGCAGGAGAAAUUGGUUGAGAAGCUUGGAAAUGAGGAGCACAUUCGCAGGAUCGAAGAUGAUAUAAGAAGAUUGCAAGAUUUAGUUAGUAAUGUCUUGCAGGACCCUGGUUCAAAAGAAUUGGUUUCUGGUGGCAGUGGUAUUGAGUGCUUGGAAGAAUUGCUAAGGAAGCUUAUAGAGAAUCACACUAGACUUUCCUUGGGGAAAACUGUGCUUAGGGAUGGGAUUGAUGAAUGCCAUACCGAAAAUGCUGAUACAUCUAGUGAUGAACCAAGAGUCAUAGAUGCACCAGAUACCAAGGAUCUAGAUGUGGUGGCUCUGAAGAAAGAACUGGAGGAGGCUUUGGGUGAUCUGACUGAAGCGAAGUCGGAGAGAGAUAGGUAUAUGGAGAAGAUGCAAUCUUUGCUGUGUGAAGUUGAAGCAUUGGAUCAGAAAAGGGAGGAGGCGCAAGUUCUACUUGAUCAGGAGGAGCAGAAGUCAGCUUCUUUGAGAGAGAAGUUAAAUGUUGCAGUUAGAAAAGGGAAGUCCUUGGUGCAACAUCGGGAUAGUUUGAAACAAGCUGUUGAAGAGAUGAAUACCAAGGUGGAACACUUGAAAUCUGAGAUUGAACUUCGUGAUAAUGCUCUUGCAGAGUAUGAACAGAAGAUCAAGUACUUAUCCACCUACCCAGAAAGGGUAGAAGCCCUAGAAUCUGAGAUUUUGUUAUUGAGAAAUCAUUUGACAGAAGCUGAGGGCUAUUUGCAGGAGAAAGGACAUACUUUGAGUGUAAUUUUGAACACUUUAGGUGACAUUAAUGUGGGUGUCGAAUUUAGUGUGAAUGAUCCUGUUGACAAGUUGGGGCGAAUUGGGAAACUAUGUCAUGAUUUACAUGCAGCUGUUGCUUCUUCAGAACAUGAGUCUAAGAAAUCUAAAAGAGCAGCGGAACUGCUCCUUGCAGAACUGAAUGAAGUUCAAGAAAGAAAUGACGCACUCCAAGAUGAGCUAGCUAAAACUUGCAGUGAACUUUCUAAACUCUCCAAGGAAAGGGAUGAAGCAGAAGCUUCCAAACUUGAAGCACUUUCAAGUCUCAAAAAACUAACCACUGUUCACUCUGAGGAAAGAAAGAACCAAUUUUCUGCAUUCAUGGUGUUAAAAUCUGAUGUAGAGCGUCUCAGAGAGAGCUUCUUUGAUAUUGACAUUUUAAUAGCUGAUGUUUUCUCCAAGAACUUGGAAUAUUUUCACAGUCUGAAAGCUGGCAUGGAAUCAUGUCUGAAACCAAGAGAUGCUACUGAUGUGGUUGGUGUGCCUCUCAUCAGUUCACCUGGAGGCAUUAUUUCAAAAAGUUCAGAAAAUAAGUUUCCUGUCCAGAACUUCCAGGCUGCAGAUUGGUUCUCAGACUCUGAGGUAAAAGAUCAUUUUGAUGAACAUUUUAUAGUUGAAAGUUGUAGCUUUAUUGGGCAGCAGGUGCAAGAAUGUUCAAAAGAAAUUGGUUCCCUUAGAGAAAAAUUACACAGACAUUCAAUUUCAUUACAUGAAGCAGCUCAAAGUCUAUCUGCACUAAUGGGUGUUAUUCAUGGAGAUAUGAUUUCACAAAGGGAGUCAUUUGAAUUCAUGAAGAGAGAACUUUCACGUUUAGAGUCAAUGGAAGAAGAAAAAGAUAUGGAACUUGUUGCCAUGAGGAGAAACCAGGGCUUGCUUUUUGAAUCAUGUACUGCUUCAAUUAUGGCAAUUGAAAAUAGGAAGGCCCAACUGGGUGGAAAUGGUGUAGUUGCUCGGGAUCUGGGUAUUAACUUGUCUAGUGAUGAAGGAAAUUCUUUUGGUGGGAACGCCCUUUUCUCCUCCGAGGAAGGUAUUAAAACUGUGGCAGAGAGAUUAUUAUUAGCAGUGAAGGAUUUUGCCAGUAUGCAAACCGAGAUUCUAGAUGAUAGCCAAAAGGACAUGAAAGCUAGAAUAGCAGACUUGCAGACAGAGCUACAGGAGAAGGACAUCCAAAAAGAGAGGAUCUGUAUGGAGCUUGUAAGUCAAAUUAGGCAAGCUGAAGCUACUGCACUGGGCUACUCAACAGAUCUUCAAUCUGCAAAUACUCAGGUACAUGAUUUGGAGAAGCAGGUGGAAGUGAUGGAGAAAGAAAGGAAUGCACUGGAGCAGAGAAUAAAAGAUCUUCAAGAUGGGGAAGCUGCCUCAAAAGAGUUACAGGAGAAGGUCAGAUCACUGGCUGAUGUGGUAGCCGCAAAAGAGCAAGAAAUCGAAGCCCUGAUGCAAGCGCUUGAUGAGGAGGAGGCCCAGAUGGAAGACUUGACAAACAAGAUUGAGGAAUUGGGAAAAGAAGUGCAACAAAAGAAAAAAGAUUUACAGAACCUUGAAGCUUCUCGUGGAAAGGCUUUGAAAAAGCUUUCUGUCACUGUGAGCAAGUUUGAUGAGCUUCACCAUCUGUCUGGAAGCCUCCUUGCUGAGGUUGAAAAGCUUCAGUCACAAUUGCAGGAUCGGGAUGUAGAGAUCUCUUUCUUAAGGCAGGAGGUCACUAGAUGCACAAAUGAUGUUCUUGUUUCAUCACAGAUGAACAGCAAGAGAAAUUCGGAGGAGAUUAAUGAGUUGUUGACAUGCUUGGACCCACUUAUUUCCCCGGCCCAAUUACAUGAUGUGCUUCAUGAUGAUAAGAAGAGUAUUGGUGUUCAUGAAUACAAAGAGAUACUGAAGAGGCAAAUUGCAUCUAUUGUAUCUGAAUUGGAGGAUCUACGGGCAGUGGCUCAAAGCAAGGACGCAUUGUUGCAAGCAGAAAGGAGUAAAGUAGAAGAGUUAUUACGGAAAGGAGAAACUCUUGAAAAUUCUUUACGUGAGAAGGAAUCUCAAUUGACUUUGCUUCAAGAUGUGGGGGAUUCUGGACAGACAACUAGUAUGAGCUCUGAAAUUGUCGAAGUUAAACCAGUGAUAAGCAAAUGGGCAGCACCUGGGUCAUCCAUUGCACCUCAAGUCCGCAGUUUACGCAAAGGCAAUAAUGAUCAAGUAGCUAUUGCUAUAGAUAUGGAUCCUGGCAGUAGUAAUAGGUUAGAAGAUGAAGAUGAUGAUAAAGUUCAUGGUUUCAAGUCACUCACCACAUCGAGAAUAGUCCCAAGAUUUACAAGACCUGUUACCGACAUGAUUGAUGGCCUGUGGGUUUCUUGUGAUCGGGCAUUAAUGCGUCAACCUGCUUUACGGCUUGGUAUCAUAAUCUAUUGGGCUGUAAUGCAUGCACUUCUUGCAACAUUUGUAGUUUGAGUAGCCACCAAACUGGUUAUCAUCGGGUUUGAAAGCAAGAUGGGCCUCUGAUUGCAACUAUGAUUUUGCCCCCGCAUUGGGGCAUCAAGCUCAUCCCCUGUAACCAUUGAUGUCAUUUGUUCUAGAUAUUCCAGAUUGAUUUAUUAUUUUGCUCAACCAGGCUACUGUGAUUUCCCAUUUUUAUCUCCAUGAAUCUCAGAUUGCUUGGUUGCAUACAGUAAUAAGAAAAAAAGGCCUGUUACCAUUAUAGAGGACAUAGAUUAAGUGCAUUUGUUAAUUGGAACUAAACCAGAGGUUGUAAGUCACUCCUCUUGUUGUUAAAGGCUUCCCUAUAGUCUAAAAGGAUGUUCUUUUUCCCCUUAAUACACACUGGUAGCAAUGCAGUACCUUUUUGUAGCUU